ACUUCCGUAAACAAGCGGUUCUCUUCCUCUUGUGAGCACAUGCGCCUGUAUACGGCACAUUUAGAGAUAUAUUUUCAAAACAGUGCAGUAACUCUCUAAAAAUCCUUAACAUUGUCCUUAAACUUUCGACUGCUGAUGACCUUAACGAUUUAAAAUGUAACCAGCUUGUCUUUGUUCUUCAGCCGGAGCCUGUGUCGUGAGGAAAGCUAACGUUAGCGUAGCAAAAACAAGCAUUACUGAAGUAUGGAGAUAGACGGUCGGGACUUUUUGAACACUCCUCCUGUGAAGACUGUCAGAUUUGGAGGCAGUGUCGCCGAAACGUUAGCUAAACAUAAGCAGGGAGACUCAAGUGACUAUGAACUGCUGAAACAUCAGCUGGCUGAUCCUGAGAUAAAGGAUGCUCAGAUCAUCAACUGGCUACAAGAGUUUCGGAGUUGUGUGACUCAGCUAACCAAGGACCAUGAACAGCUCAUCUAUACUAUCUUGAGGCUUCCAUGGGUUGGCCGGAGCCAUGCUGUGGUGGAGGAGUACAUGGCCUUCCUCAGUAAUCUGGUCUCAGCACAGACUGUUUACCUGUGUGCCUGCCUCAAGAUGGUGGUCUCCCACUUCACUCCCAAGAGAGUGACCAUCUGUGAAGGAGGGGUUGAUAUCUCUGAUUCAGAUGACGAAGAUGAAAACCUCCCCAGAAACUUUGAUCAGUGUCACCAGGCAUUGCAGCUCAUCACCAGAUACGUUCCAUCCACGAGUCGCUUUCUGAUGCCCAUUCUGCAAGAGAACUUCCCCUUUGUACAGAAAUCCUCCAGAACACUGGAGUGUUACGUCCACAACCUCCUGAGGGUCACCACGUACAUACCAUCAAUCCAACGAGACAUUCUGGAGGUGAUCAUUGGAAAGAUGCUCAAACUGGAUGUGAGUGCAUCGCGCUCAGACAUUGAGGAGGCAGAAGAGAACGGAGUGCAGAACCAGCAGACAGAGGAAGGACUCUUUGACAUGGAUGAGGACAUGUCAGCAGAUCAGCCCUCCAGGACGGCUGUGAUGGCCCACCCAGUGGCUGAAAGGCUGGACACUCUCAUGGCUAUUCUGAUGGCUUACAUCAAGGACGUCUGCCAUGUCAAUGACACUCUUCAUGUGGAACGGACCAAGGAUCUGUACAGAGAUUUGUUGAGUGUGUUUGACAAGCUCAUUCUGCCAACACAUGCUUCCUGUCACGUCCAGUACACACUCUUUUACCUCUGCAGUUUCAGAGUGGCAUUGGCUGAGGCCUUCCUGGAUCACCUGUGGAAGAUCCUGCAGAGUCCCUCUCAGCCAGCUGUCCUCCGCCAGGCUGCUGCUGGAUACCUGGGGAGCUUCCUGGCCAGAGCCAAGUUCAUCCCUGUGCUCACCGUGCGGGCAUGUCUGGACCUGCUGCUCUCCUGGAUCCAUCGCUACAUCGACAGCCAGGACAGCAGUGGCAGACAGGCCUGCUGUGACAUCAGCCUGCAUGGGCCCUUCUACACUGCCUGCCAGGCCGUCUUCUACACCAUUAUCUUCAGACACAGAGCCAUGCUGGAGGGCAGCAUGAAGAAAGGUCUGGAGUAUCUGCAGAGUCUGAACCUGGAGCGAGUGGUGAUGUGUCAGCUGAAUCCCCUCAAAGUUUGCCUGCCGUCAGUCACCAGCAUGUUUGCUGCCAUCACCAGGACGUAUCAGGUGGUGUUCUGCUACACUAUCAUAGAGAGGAACAACCGCCACAUGCUGCCGGUGGUCCGCAGUUCUGCAGGGGGGGACAGUGUGACCACCAACACCAACCCUCUGGACAGCUUCUUCCCAUUUGACCCCUACCUGCUCAAGAGGUCUGGUAAGCUGAUUGAGCCACUGUAUCAGGUCUGGGAGGAACUAUCAGAUGCAGAGCUGCUUCCCACCAAAACAGGACAGCAGGGCUCGAGGGAGGACGAGGAUGACUUUCUGAGUGGGGAGACGCCCAAAGCGGAGGGCAUCAUGGGAAUGACACCGAGCUCCUACGGCUCAAACAUCUGCAGCCCGAGCAGCGUGGGUUCACCCCCUAUCGCCUUCUAGAGACCCUGAUAACGAGCAUUACAUUUAAUUUAUAUUCAAACACGAACUGAGGAACACAUGAGCCAGUCACACUGCGGUGAUGGGACUGAACUCUCAUCUGUGUUGAAGAAUCAGACUGUUCAGUGUUUCAUUUUAGGGAAUUACAGGUCUACACAGUCAGAUUUAAACUUUAUUAUGUUAUGAUUAAUCACAGUUCAGGCCAUGUUGGCAUGUGCAAAAACAGCGUGGAAACUGCAAUGAAAGCAACCGUAUCAGUGAGAGAGCCUCAAACUCCUGAUGAUCAGAGUAAGUAAAUAUUCUGACGAGGUAUCUGAAGUUUGAAACAAACUGUUUUAGAGGGGCUCUCUGCUUUUGUCUGUUUUUUUUGUGUGGCAGAAAAGGCAACUCAAAUUAAACUGAGUUUGAGAAGUUAAAUUGUAAAAUAUUGUUAUGAGGCAAUGUGUUUGUUUAUGAAACUCACCAAACAACAAUCCCAAAAACAUAUCUGACAUCUGAGACAGGAGUCUGAAUUGAACGCACGCUUGGCUCAUCACGAUGAGUCUUCUAGUUUAAGCAGUUCUGAAGGGGCUAACCAAUGAAAACGCCACAGGAAACUGGAGGCAGCAGACAUUCACUGCCACUAAUGAUAUUAAUGCAUUUAGUUACAGUUUGCUACCAUGGAGCACUGGUUCAACUUGAAAAUACUAUUAAUAUAUGAACUGGAGAGCUGUUAGUGCGUUUCCAGCUCACAGUGAAUAAGUCCUCGUGUUUAAAAGCAUAGUGGUAACAGUGUACCUCUGUGCUAACUGCUAACAGCUAAUUGUUGACCAGAGGGUUUGCAGUUUGCAGUUCAUUGCAAAAAACAUCAACAGUCAACUUUAUUGUUACUGUAGUUCAUUAAAUCAUUUUGUAUUUUAGUAGUCUACAGUACUUAAUAUUUCAAAAUAUUGCAGAGUAUAUCGUGAAUCAUGAUAUAGCCUAAAAAUAUUGCGAUAUUAUCUGAGGCCACACGCCCAGCCCUAUUUACAACCAUUUAUCAAAAGUAAGUCAACAUAUAAAUCAA